AUGCCAUUCAGUCGGCUCACUGGAACACAAAAACCGUGUCAAUUUUUACAGCGCAUGCAUGGUGCGGAGCGAACAAUUACUCGUUUGCACUGGUUUGCGACAACGUCACACAUGAUAAAUAUUGUGUACACCGAUGGAGCUGCAUCACAAUUUAAACAACGAUAUCUAUUUCAAAAUCUGACAAGGACGGUGGCAGAACAUGCUUUAAAAUUAUCGUGGAAUUUUUUCGCCACGUCCCACGGAAAAGGUGUCGUGGACGCCAUUGGAGGUACCGUGAAGCGAAUGGUGUGGUAAGAAAUAAUGGCAAAGAAACACUUAUGUCGAACAGCUAUCGAUUUCGUUCAUAUCGCGAACCAAAAAAACAAGCACAAUUAUUGUCAAUGAAAUCUCUCAAACUGAGAUUGACGCAUCGAAAUUAAAACUUCAACAGUUAUUCGCUACGACGAAGUCAGUCAAGAACACUCAGAAAUUGCACAACGUCGUUUGAAUUCAUCCGGAUGUUAUCGAGUGCCGAAUGUAAGGCGAUGCAUCAUCGAAAUGGACUGUUUUUUUCUGAUUUAUUUCUAUGAAAGUGAAUUAUCCUAUUAUCCUUUUUUCUCGAGCAAAACCUUGUUUAAGCAUUAUUUGAAAUCUUGAUAUAAAAACAGUAGUGACUGCUUGAAAUACAAAUGAACAUCUUUACCUUGAUAUUCCGCAGCGAGAUUUCCAAAUGCGAAGCAAAAUUUUAGAAUUAGGAAUGUUUUGAAAAAAAUCAUCUCUGGAUAUUACCGAAAUCUCUGUGCUAAUAUUCUGUCAAUUACUCGUUCAUUUUUCGAGGUAUCAAUGUUUUCUUUUCAGCAAAAGAUAGCUCCGAUUCUUAGCUACACAAACUCUCACGACUAUAAUUCAUUAACAUGAAGCCAUUCGUAGGAUUUGUCACUUCUUUCGCAUCUUCUUCGAAACGAGGGCCUUUUUUCUCUGUGCGUUACUGAACAAUAUUUUUUGUGUAAAACCCGAUUGCAUACAGGUAGAAAGUUGAAAUUUUUAUGGGAAGUAGAACUCCGUCGAAUACAUAUUUGUUCAACUCCCUAGCACCAUUUGUUCUCUGUGCGUUACCUACGUUUUUCAUGUGUAAAUUAAAAUAAGCUCUGACUGCAAAAUAAACGUUUAUUAACUAUUCUUUCGUUGAUUUCACGUAUUUUCAGCUUAGUAGAUUUCGCGACAUGACAAGAAAAGAAAAUAGAGAAUUAAAUAGAGAAGAAAUAGAGUGUUUCUAAAAGGGAAGGGUCAUUUUUGCGUACUUUUGUAUCAAAAUUGAUGGUAAAUGUAAAUAUAUCCACAAACAAACUGCCUGCUGGGUUCUAAUAAAUAAUAAAAAUCAACUACCGUCUGAUAGGUUAUUAAGGGUGCAAUCAACAGGUUAAACAAAAAUAGAUUUACACUGAAUGUUUGAGCGUAGUAAACACAGC